AUGGGCGCUGUAGGCCUGUUGUGCAAGAGUUUCUUGGGCCUGAACAGCAUAGAGACGCACGGCAUGGAACGCUUCUUGAGGCUGUUGGAUGAGAGAAAAGAGCCAAGAGAGAGGAAGAGAGGGUUGAUCACUGUAUCGAACCACAUCUCGGUAAUGGAUGACCCGAUACUAUGGGGAAUAUUGCCCUUGAGCUACAUGUUCAACCCAGACAACUUGCGCUGGGGACUGGCAAGCUACGAUCUAUGCUUCACGAACAAAGGACUGUCUACUUUCUUCACAUUUGGCCAGACUCUACCCACCCACCGCAGCGCUCACUCGCAACACGGUGGCCUCUUCCAACCCACCAUGACGCAAGCAAUCCGUCUCCUCUCGCGCGGCCCCUUCUUCUGCGCCAACGAUGCUCCUGAGAAGCCUACUACGUCGCUCAAGAGUACCGAACUGAUUGAUCCCUUCACUGGCGGGCAUCUCACGUUCUCCACCAACGGCAUCGACACAUUUCCUGCACCCUCACAAUACACCCGCAGGCGGCACGCAUGGGUCCACAUCUUCCCCGAAGGCAUGAUACACCAGUCGGAGCAGAGGAUUAUGCGCUACUUCAAAUGGGGCGUGUCGCGCCUGGUCUUGGAGAGUGAUCCCAUGCCUGACAUUGUACCCAUCUUCAUCGAGGGCUUUGACGACAUCAUGAGCGAGGAGCGCACGUUUCCUCGCUUCAUACCUCGGGCGUUCAAGAACGUUCGAGUGACGUUUGGAGAGAAGCUGAAUGCCGAAGCGAUGUUUGGGGACUUGCGUGCUCGGUGGAAGCGACUGUGUGCAAACGAGGAGCAGAAGAGCGGGAGUUUGAAGGUUGGUGUCUUGAACGAUGCGCUGAAGUACUCGGAUGAGGCUGUUCAGAUACGGAUAGAAUGCACAGAUCGCAUUCGAAAGGCUGUGCUUGAUGUCAGGCGGCAGCGCGGGUAUUCGGAUGAAGAUCCCAAGAAUAAUCUCGCGAGCACGUGGCUUAGAGAAGGACCCAACAGAGAGGGCCGUCAAGAGGAUGGCAGUGUUACGAGGGAAGAAUGA